GCUACUUUUAGCCGCGCGAGACUUUUUCGCUCUAUGUCUAUUUGAACGGUGAUAUUCUAGAAUGCGAUUGAUGGCAGGUUUAUUUUGAUUCGGUAACAAAUCGUAAAUCCUAGAAGUUAAUUAAUGGCUGCAUUUUCAUUCUUCAGUCGUUUCCUUUUACGUUCAAAACAGUUUGCAGCCAUACGAAGCUUCCACAUGUCCUCCGCACGAGAAAGAUCUGAAAAGGUUUUAGAAGAGUUGAAGGGAAAAAAUCCGUACUUCGAAAAGUAUGCUAGCAAAAUCGCCGCGGUGCAGCAAAAUUCACCAGAAGAAUUUCUAUCCCGGUUAGAUAAUGUGGAUAAAGAAAAGAAAAAGCCUAAGUUUGGACUUUCUGAAGUGCAACGUGACUAUUCGGAACUUCUCCAACCAAAAGCUCCACUCGGAACCGAAUCAUCGCGAGACAUUACGCAUCGUAAACUGAGUGAUGUUAUGCGGCUGGAGUUGAUUGAAGAUAAGUCUGCAGACGACAUCAAGCAUUUAUGGCUGGAAUAUCAUAGGGAUAAAGAUGUCAUAACGGCUGCUAUACCAGUUGAUCAAUUCAACCAAAUGAUGAAAUGUGCAAAGCAGUACCCAGUGUUUAUACUUCCUAUUCCUCGAAGCGAAGGGUACGAGUUCAUAAUGCUACAAUUUGCAGCUAAUACGAUUCAUUUCACGCCUUUGUUAAAUUACCAGGUCCACAAAGAAAAUGCCCCUGAAUGUUUAAACAUCACCAUGUUUACAGAAUGUUCUGAUAAAGGAAUCAUACUGAUGCGGGGAGAAUAUGAUACCAAAGUAAUCAAUGCACAGGAAGCACAGUGUUUAGCCAAUCAAGUCCAACUUUAUUAUUGUCAGAAGAAUGUAUCUAAAUUGCAUCUGCUUGAAACGUUUACUAGACAUCCGGAUAAGUUUAAACACAUGGACAUCAUCGAGGAGUUGAACAAUUUAAAAAUUUAAUAGUUUUUUUCUUAUGAAGGUACUUAAUUGUUAUCAGAACAUAGCUUCCUGGGAGUCCUGUAUUGUUGUUGCUUCCAAUAUAUCUUGCGAUAAAUAUACCGGGG